AUGCUUCAUACCUCCUCCCUCCUUAUCGAUGAUGUUGAAGACAACUCCACUCUUCGACGCGGCAUACCGGUAGCACACAGCAUAUUUGGAACCGCACAAACCAUCAACUCCGCAAACUACGUGUAUUUUCUUGCGCUGGAAGAACUGCAGAAGCUCACAAACUGGAAGGACGCAGUUGAGAUCUUCUCGACGGAACUUCUGAAUCUUCACCGAGGGCAGGGCAUGGAUCUGUACUGGCGCGAUACACUGAGCUGUCCAACAGAGGACGACUAUCUUGAGAUGGUUCAGAACAAGACGGGCGGGCUAUUUCGGCUAGCUGUCAAGCUGAUGCAAGCUGAAUCGCCCGAAAGAGGGCGGCUAGACUGUGUUCCUUUGGUGAAUCUGAUGGGCCUCAUCUUUCAAAUCUGUGACGACUACCUCAACCUGUCCAGCACCACCUACACCAAAAACAAAGGACUAUGCGAAGAUCUGACCGAAGGCAAAUUCUCGUUCCCUGUGAUCCACUCAAUACGAACAAAUCCCUCAAACCUGCAGCUCAUCAACAUCCUCAAGCAGAAGACCACAGAUGAAGAGGUCAAGAGAUACGCCGUCAAAUACAUGGAAGGCACUGGCAGCUUCGAGUACACACGGAGAGCUAUUCGGGACUUGAAGGCAAAGGCUUACGGAUUGAUCGAGCAACUGGACGCGAUGGUUGGUGCACAAGGAGAAGGGGUUCGAAAGAUUCUGGAGAGGAUUGAUGUGGAGUAA